CAGUCCACGUGACCCCACCGAAUUCUCCUCCAUGGCCCGCCCACUCCGCCCGUCACGGAGCACGAAAAAAGCUCGCCGCGCGGAUCAACAGACCAACCAGCACCCACCUCCACUCCCCCACUGGCAGCCGGGACCCCCCCACCCCGAAAGCGGAAGGUUUCAGCCCUACGCUGCUGCGCUCCGCGUGCCGAGCGUGACUGGCGAGGCGGCGUCACAGAAUCGGUCCGGAACCCAUUCCGGUUCAGCGUUCUAGUCCUUCCUUCCCUGACCUUUUUAUAUACGGGUGGCCGUGCGCUCGAUCUCUCAUCUCUCCCACGGCUGACGGCUUCCUGGAGCGUUCCAUUCCAUUCCAUCCCCCUUCAAGUUCCCCUUAAAACCGCGCCCCUCCGCGCAUAGGUUACCCAACAGUUGAGUCGAUCGAUUCGAGUAACGGCGCUGGUGUGAGAGUUGGCUACGAUGGUGGUCGGGUUCCGCCGCACGAUCUCGUUCCCGGCGCCCAAGUCCCUGGCGGGGGCCGGGUCGAGUGCCAACAAGUCCGCGGCCUACCGCGCCCGCUCGGCGAGCCUGCCGUGCCGGUUCCACCCGCUAGUGCUCCAGCUCGACGACGACGUCGCCGACCUGCGUGCGCUGGUGGGGCGCCUGGUGUCGGACGCCACGGCGGGGUCGGUGGCCGAGGGUGCGGAGCAGCUGGGGCGGGUGCUGGUGUCGCUCUCCGAGCUGCUGCACCACCCGCAGGCGCAGGAUCCGCUUCGGCGGCUGGGGCGGUCGCCGUUCGCGGAGCGGCUGCUGGACGACUUCCUCCGACUCGCCGACGCGCACGGCAGCUUCCGGGCCGCGCUGGUCGCGCUCGCCGCGCUCCAGGCGGAGGCCCGCGCCGCGCUGCGCAGGGAGGAGCCCACGCGGCUGGCGUCGGCCGCGCGCGCGCUGCGCCGGUCCGGGCGCAACCUCCAGCGGAUCGCGUCCUCGGCGCGCGCGGUGGCCGGCAAGGCGCCGCCUCCCCCACCCGCCGACCUGCCGGCGGACGCGGCGGCCAUCGCCACCGCCAUCGUCGACGCGGGCGCCGCCGUGGCGUCGGCCUCCGCGGCGGUCUUCUCCGGCGUGUCCUGCCUCUCCAUCGCCGCCGCCACCGCGCGCGUCGAGGUCGAGACCACGCCGUGCUGGAUGCCCUCCCCCACGAGGUUCAUCACGCCGUGCGCCACAACGGGAACCACCCACCACGCCGUCACCACUAGGCCCUUCUCCAUGCCGCGCAUUUGGUGGGUGGCCGACCUGAUGCGCUGGAUGUCCCGCGCGAAGCGCCGAUCAGCCAAGAAGCAGCACGGCGACGGCCACUGCGCCGCGCAACCCCAGCGCGACGCCACGGUAGACCCGGAGGAGCAAGAACGGGAGGCGGCGUUCAUGCGCCUGGACAACCUGGGACGGUGCAUCGCGGACGUGGAGAGCAGCGGCGAGGUGGUGUUCAGAGCCCUGGUCAACACCAGAGUCUCGCUGCUCAACAUUCUCAGCCCAGCCUUCUGAUUUCUGAACAAGCCGAAACACAUCGGAACCCGGCGAGCUCGAUUAAAUUUUGCGACUUUGGAUGAAAUCUGUACAUAGGAAUGCGAGCUUACGAGAUGGAGUAUAUCAGAUUAGCAGUGGAGUGCUAUGUUUAGGGCGCUCGAUUCAGAGCGGAGCCAAAGCACAAGUUGCAGGAAAAAUAUUGUUCAAAUGUCAA